UCAUUUUUAAAAUGUAUAACGUUCAACAAUUUCAUUGCAUAAAUGAAGCUUAGUAAACAUGUAAGCAAGCAGUCUAGUACUCUUAUGUCAGAUUAAUACUAAUUUGGAGGGCAAAGUGUGACAUAAUGUUUGAAUUCUGUUACCUGAUAGAAUUGAGCAACUUCAGAAUUUCAGGAUGUAAACUAUGGAGCAGGAAUUGGAAGUGAGGGCCACAAACAUUGGCUAAAGAGGAUGUCUGGGCUAAAGCUUCUUCAUUCACAUUGCUCAGAUUUAAAGUUCUUUAAUAUUCUAUCUCUGGAGGAUAGAGAUUCAUCCUCCAUGACUGACAAUACUAUAGUAAUUUGUCCAAACGAACCAUUCUUCAUAUUUAAUCUAGGCAGUGAGAGUUACAAGGUUAUGUGACUGUUAGUUGAGGUUAUUGGAUUACAAUUCUGCCCAAUCUACUCUCGUUCGAUUUCUCCCUCUCCCCAUUUGGUGAGAUCCAUUGAAUUUACCCGCAGCUUAUUAUCUUUCAACCUUGAUGUUCUGCACAACAACAUACGGUUUCUGAUAAUAAAAAAACAAAUAAAUUAAAUACAUAGUUGAAAAAAGUAAGGGUUCUUGAUCAAAUGCCUCAUUGGUUACCUUUUAGAUAUUACUUUCUAAUGUCUUAAACCUUGUGAAGACAGUAUUCCAACGAUGGUGAGAUAAGUCCUUGAUUCAAUAGUAAAUGUUAGUAGCAAACAUCCAUGUAUCAGCUGAGCUGUAAUUAGCAACGGUGUUGGCAAAACACUUUUUUGUCUGUUGCUGUCUUUAAUAACAUGAUACGAGGAUCAUGUGAUGUUUGCUUUCUGAAGACAGUCCAAAUGUUGUUGUCAGAGUGCGUUGGUUGAGAGAGCAGUAUAAGCCAUGUUUGAAGAAGGCGAGUUUGACAUUAAUAUACAGGAAGCAAAUGAAUUAUCAGUCAGUUCUGGCUUACCACACAGGUUGAGGAACAUAUUAUACGGAAAUCACAUCUGCCAUAACUUUCAAGGAGGGUCUUGGGCUGACCGGUCUCCCCUCCAUGAAGCUGCAUAUCAAGGAUGCCAAUUGUCCCUGAAAGCAUUAAUUGCCCAGGGAUUCAGUGUAAACUUAAUAACAAUAGACCGCAUUACUCCUCUCCACGAAGCCUGCCUUGGUGGUCAUGCUGCUUGUGUAAAGGUUUUACUUGAGAACGGGGCUAAGGUAAAUGCAAUUACCAUUGAUGGAAUCACUCCACUGUUUAAUGCCUGCUCCAUUGGCAGUGCUGCAUGUGUCACUGUUCUUCUACAAUAUGGAGCCAAAGCACAGCUGGAAUGUCACUUGACUUCGCCCAUUCAUGAAGCAGUACGUAAAGGUCACAGAGAUUGCCUUGAGAUCCUCCUGGGCCAUGGAGUGGACAUUGAUCAGGAAGUUCCUCAUCUAGGCACACCACUUUACAUGGCUUGUGACUUCCAACAAACCGAGUGCGUGAGAAAACUUUUAGUCUUGGGAGCCAGUGUUGACACUGGCAGGUAUAUGGACUCACCUCUUCACGCUGCAGCUAGAAGAAACAGUGCACAAAUAAUCCAUUUGCUAAUAGACUGUGGAGCAGAUACUGAAGCUAAGAAUGAGGAAGGAAAACGGCCUGUGGAACUGAGCACAGCAAACAGCGCUGUCGAAAAAGCAUUCUUACUCCGUGAAGGUCCCGCUUUCCUAACACAGCUGUGCCGUCUACGUAUACGGAAGUGCUUGGGAAGACUGAGACUUCACAUGAUAUCAAGACUUGAGCUUCCAGAAAGGAUGACGGAAUUUCUUCUUUACCGGUAGCAAACUCGAGCCUGAGGAGUGGUUCCCAACAAGAUUUUAAAAAUUCCUUGUCUCAUCACGUGAUGCUGCAGGGAUUUUAGAGGCAACGAGUGCCUUUAAUGGUGACUCUAUAUGCACUGGUUGUACAAUUAAUCCUCUGAAUCCUUUUAGUAGUUGCUUUACUAGAUGCAUUAUACACUCCAUGUAGUACAUUGAUCAAUUGGGUUGAUGUAAUCUCCUUUACGUGGCAAAUUUUUCAGCUCUUUCCCUGCGGGCUUAUAGAAAAAUGUAAUUUAAAAUGUAAAUGUGGUGUAGCUCAGUGGUUAG